UUACGAAUGUAAGAAAAUCAUUUAUUAAUCUCCCCAAAUGUCGUUUUUAUCUAGUGUACAGCCGGGCGCCUCACGGCGCCCUUGAGGAUUUGGCGCCCUAGGCAGUUGCCUAGGCUGCCUGGCCCCUAAACGGGCCCUGUGCAUGCAUAAGACGUCUAAAAAAUUCUACCCAACGGAUGAAUAAACUAUCAUUGUCGCAACUAAUUAUGAAUACCCCCCUUUAAUUUUAGGUUGGACAUAAAUGUCGCAUAUUCAUGAAUUAUGAAGAUAAAAUUAUUUGUUGUGCAAUUAUGUAAUUGCGACAUGUUCAAUUCUCAUGUUGCCCUUAAUUUGGAUCGGGUCAGUCACCUUGAGAAUUGCAAUUUGCCAUGUUGUCACUGUCAGUCAGCUGAGUCAGCAACAAAAUCCGAAUAUGUCCGAAGAUUUCUAUCAGUAAUAACAUCACUAUGUACAUGUCCAUGAACAAAAUUGAGCAGUUGUUUUUCCUCUGCUGUUUACUUUACACUUAAAAUCGAUUAAAUUAAUCGGCUCAAGUUUGAUUUAAUUUGAAAUUAUCAACUUUCGCAAUGGCUUCUUCCUCCCUUAUUGAACGAUUUUACAACCACCCUCACAACAUAAUAUCGAGUAUCGCGUCCAGUGAGGAUGAACUGUCUCGAAUGAGGUUGAGUUGGAUGAUAAGGUCACGAAAAGGUUGGGAGACUGACUUUAACAAUAAGCCCAUCGUUAGUGGAUGGUUCCAAGAGGCGAAAGCUGAGUUUGUCGGCGAUAAUGUGGCGUCGACUUCGGGAAAGAAGAAGGUCGCGUUGGUGCAAGUGGAGAAACAUUGGCCAGACGUAAUCGAUCGUCUACCCCACUUCUUGACUUUGUUGGAUGGUCAAUUGGCUCCUGGGCCGUUGGAUGGUUCCUGGGUGGCGGAUGGCCUCGUGGAUAUCGCCGUGACCGAGCGACUCGUCGUGGGAGGAGCAGAAGUAGAAGACAUCGCGAUCAAGGCGAAUAAUUGGCAACCAGGGACGGAAAAUCGUGUAAUCAAUGUAAUUGACCCAUACCCAUAUUGUGUCGUAGAAGAGAGAUCACAUAUCCUCAAAGAGGCGUUUGUCUCGAAACAAUACAAGGUCGGGGAUUAUCGUCACCUUCUACAUUUCCAUUCCGACAAGGUUGACAAGUAUCUUGACCAAACUGACGUGAAGAGGUUGAUAAGUAUCAUACCCGAUGACAUGAUUUCGCCCCCACCAAAGAUCGAAUGGGACCCAAACUAUCAACUCCUUCCUGCCGACGUCGUUAUCGACUCUGGUGGUGCAUCGCACUUCACGUCGUAUGUCAACGGUCUUAAUCCUGCGGAACAUGGGGAAUUGUACGCAACUCUGGAACAAGUUUUGGACAAAAUGGUACCACUAUUUGAAAAGGUGCUGACCGAUAUUCGAAUGGCGGGUCGAGAAGGUGGACCUAAAACGCGACGGCAAUUGGCCAAGCAGUCGAUUAUUCCUAUUGCUCCGGUCAGUUUACGCGGGAGGAAAAUCCAAGUCGUGGUUAGAAUGGCGACAACAAUUUUAACUCCGGAAAAUUCUAAGCAUCCGGGCGGACAGUGGCACGUUGAAGGGAUGCCGAACGAACAAAUAGUCGCCGUUGGUCUGCACUAUUUCUCUAAUGAAAACAUCACCACGUCAAAACUGUAUCUUGCUCCUGCCCAGCGGGCAUCGAAUGGCGUCAUGGGCGUCGUGGAUGGUGGAAAUAAUCCUUUCGAAAUCGAAACGGUACCGGGUCGGAGCGUUGUGUUCAAGAAUUCUGUCUCUCACCGUGUGGCUCCUUUUGAACUGGAUGAUCCCGACAAACCUGGACACCGCAAAAUCCUUGGUUUUUUCCUUGUCGAUCCGGGAGCCAGGAUUUUGUCGUCAGCUCGCGUCCCAUGUCAGCAAUGGGCGUGGUAUUUGGGACAAGUGAAGGACGUCUUGGUCCAGUUACUGCCUCCAGAAAUGGUCGAGCUGGUGGUGUCAUUUUUACCACGGGGAAACCAGUAUUUGGACAAUGAGGAGGCGAAAAAUCUCGAGAAGGAGAUGCGCGAUGAGAGGAAGAAAAGAUUGACGAGAACAUAUCGUCAUAAGAAUUAUGUGUGCACUCCACGAACGUACCCAGAAUAUCCGCGCUCAUGUUUGACCUAUCGGGAUUGAUAGGAAAGGUGUGUUUUGUUUUACUGCUAAGCAAACUUGUUUAUUGUUAAACAUGCCUAAUGUUUGGGAUAUGUUUUUGUUUUUGAAAUUGUAUAUACAUAUGUAUGUAUUAACUGAAUUCGAUAUGUAGUGCAUUUCGUAUGCACUGCAUAUGCAUGCAAGUGGUAUUUAGUACAUAUUUAUUUGUAUACUAGCCAGUUACAAGUUGUGCUAUUUAAGGUGCUUAUUUACCCAUGUGUAGUAUUGUAUUAUGCAAUGUAUGUAUUAUGAAAUUGUAAAAUUCUACAUUUUCUAUUGAAAAGCUCUUCUUUUGCACCGAAACCAAUGUUUAAAUAUUAACUUAUUUAUGAAAUAGAUAAUGUGGGACUAAUUUACAUCUAGCUUAUUCCUAUUCGAUAGUUAUGUUACUUAACUAACCGGAAAUACUUAAAUUCGUACGUGGAUCAUUCAUUGUAAAGAGUGUGUCUAUCUAAAUAUUACGAUAAGCUACGUAAUAAGAAAAGCAUUACGUGUAAUAUGUAA